AUGUGGAAAGUCGUGGAUAAUUACUUUAAAACGCAUGAUAUCGCCCAACACCACAUCAACUCCUUCAACAGCUUUAUCUCAAAGGGCAUCAAAGAAAUCCUGAUUGCCAAUAACCGAGUCACGUCUGAGGUAGACUCAAACUGGUACAUCAAAUACCUCGACAUUAGAGUAGGCACGCCGGAAUUUCGCGAUGGCCAACAACGACACACUUUGACGCCACAAGAAUGCCGGUUGAGGGAUCAAACUUAUUCUGCACCGAUUUACGUGGACAUCGAGUUUACUCGAGGCCAGGAUGUGGUACGGCAGAAGGACAUCCUAAUCGGGCGAAUGCCGAUAAUGUUGCGAAGUCGAAAUUGUGUGCUUUACAAGAAGAAUGUGGAUGAUCUAAUGAAGCUUCAGGAGUGUCCUAAUGAUCCUGGCGGAUACUUUGUCAUUAAUGGCAGCGAAAAGGUGAUAUUGAUGCAAGAGCAAGCAUCGAAGAAUCGUAUAUUUACUUUUAAAAAUGACGAGGACAUUAUAUGCGAAGUCACAUGCAUCUCAACGGAGAAAAAGUCGCGCCUAGUCUUGCAAAUGAACAAGAAAAAGCAGGUCGUGGUAAAGCACAAUUUGUUUCCCAAAGAAGGUCUCCCGGUUUUUAUACUAUUCAAAGCUAUGUCCGGCUUGAGCGACAAGGAGAUCACUAAUCUCAUUCUUCGACACACCGAGCACAGUAAGGAAAUGUUCAAACUGCUUCUGCCAUCAAUAGAGCAGUGCAUCGAAUUGAAAGUGCUUUCAGAGCUAAGCGCACUGGAGUACAUCGGCAAGCGCAUCUCCCUCUCAAAGGAGCCCACAAAACUGCCGGCUUCAAUUGCAUUUGAUGUCAUCUACAAUUCAGUGCUAACGCAUAUACCAAUGAAGAAGCACUCCUUUUAUUCAAAAGUGCUCUACCUUGCCUUUAUGAUGCGUCGGCUCCUCAUGGCGCACAUUGACCCUGACAACCAUAUUGACAAUCGUGAUUUCUACGGAAACAAGCGACUCGAGCUGGCUGGAACUUUGAUCGGUUUUCUAUUUGAAGAUGCUUUCAAGCGGUACAACGCUAUUUUAAUGUCAACAGCUAACCGCUAUCUGCCCAAGGUGAAGGUUUGCCAGUUUGAUGCGACCAAGUACAUGACCAGUACCUUAAUCACGCAAACACUGAACAAUUCAAUUGCCACUGGAAACUGGUCGAUUCGUCGUUUUCGCAUCAAUCGUAUUGGCGUCAGUCAAGUUUUAUCUCGUCUGAGUUAUUUGGCGACUCUUGGUAUGUUGACUCGAAUCAACUCGCAAUUUGAGAAAACCCGAAAGACAACUGGUCCUCGAUCUCUGCAGUCUUCCUACUGGGGCAUCGUUUGUCCCAGUGACACGCCUGAAGGUGAAAGUUGUGGGCUUGUGAAGAACCUCGCUUUGAUGUGCCAAAUAUCCACUGAAGAUGCUGAUAAGGAAAUCUACAACAUCUGCUCACAGUCUACCUUUGUGGUGCCCUUCGGUCUUCUAGACUUUGACCGACUUGAAUAUGGCUUGCAUUACCUCUUCAUCAAUGGUGUCAUUGUUGGCUAUGUGACCAAUGCUGCCUUGUUCACAGCUGACAUGAGAAAGCAUCGACGAAAAGGGCAAAUUCCCAAGUUUACCUCAAUUUACACCAGUGAAUCACACCAGUCGGUGUACAUAUCUUCUGAUGCUGGUCGACUUUGUCGUCCCUACGUCAUCGUUAAUGAAAAGGGAUUCAGUGAGCUGACUUCUCGUGAUGUCAACUUUGUGGAGCGCGGCAUCAAAACGUUCAAUGAUCUAAUUGAUGAAGGCAAAAUUGAGUAUCUCGACAUGAAUGAGCUCAAUGACUGUUUCAUUGCCCUGAAUGAAGCAGCUAUCAUCCCUGCAAAGACUACUCACAUGGAAAUUGAAGUGUUUACCAUUCUUGGAAUAUGCGCCUCAAUUGUUCCCUUUCCGCACUGUAAUCAGUCGCCGCGAAAUACGUACCAGUGCGCCAUGGGCAAGCAGGCCAUGGGCGUGAUUGCACUCAAUCAGAACCUUCGCAACGACACACUGCUUUAUACUAUUCAGCAUCCACAGUAUCCACUUGUGCAGACCAAACCAAUGCGAAUGUUUGACUGGAUUCCAGCCGGGCAAAAUCCAACAGUGGCUGUCAUGUCCUACAGUGCCUACGAUCUGGAAGAUGCCACAGUGCUGAACAAAUCUAGCAUUGAGUUUGGCUAUGCUCGCUGCUUUGUCUACAAAAAUGCAAAGUCUGAGCUGAAAAGUUAUCCCAACGGACAGUGCAAGGACAGACUGGAGAACCCGUUGACCAGCGAAGCCUGUAACAGCAAAAACAAGUACAGGUAUUCCGUCAUUGAGCCGGAUGGUCUCGCUUCACCUGAGAGCAUUGUUUAUGAAAAUCAGCUUUUGAUCAAUAAGUUAUCACCUGAUGUGGCGGGGAAUCAAUCACUUGGCAGCCUAGGAGCGGCUCAUCCACCCAAUGUGACCUGGAAUGAAAGUCCACUAGUCUACCGAACUUCUUCUCCAAGUGUUGUAGAUAAAGUGACUAUCUCUAACAACAACGAUGACGACGUCAUCAUCAAAGUGCUCUAUCGGCAGAUGCGCGCUCCAAUUGUUGGGGACAAGUUCAGCUCUCGUCACGGUCAAAAGGGCGUCAUCGGAGCCAUCUUCAACAAGGCCAUAAUGCCCUUCAACUGCGACGGAAUCAGCCCGGACACCAUUAUGAACCCUCACGGUUUUCCUUCUCGAAUGACGGUCGGAAAGCUGAAGGAGAUGACGGCUGCCAAGGCAGGCGCCCUCAAAGGCACCAUCCACGACGCCACUGUCUUUGGUGGCACCAAAAUGGACGACUGCUUUGAUAUCAUGCAGAAGCACCAUCGACUCUUUUCCGGCAAGGAGCUGGUCGUCUCGGGGAUAACGGGCGAGCUGAUUCCAGAGGAGGUCUACAUCGGCCCCAUCUACUACCAGCGGCUGAAGCACAUGGUCAGUGAUAAGGUGCACUCGCGCUCCAUCGGACCGAUGACUUCGCUAACCCGACAGCCCACUGAAGGCCGCUCGCGUGAUGGUGGCUUGCGAGUGGGUGAAAUGGAGCGUGACUGUUUAAUUGGCCACGGUACGUCUUAUGCUCUUCUGGAGCGAUUCAUGUUCUCCAGUGAUGCCUACGAGAUGGAAAUUUGCAACACCUGUAACUUCAUUGUGGCGUCCAAGUUCUGUCUGAAGUGCAACGCAUCAGACAAUAUCGUCAAGGUGCGCAUUCCGUACGCCUUUAAACUGUUGACGCAGGAAUUGUUCUCCAUGGGAAUUCAUCCGGCGAUGGGCUUCAAAAUGAACAAGAAACGCUAA